UCCCGCACUAAGCUGUCGGCAGUCCUUAGCAUAGGGGCACACUCAGGCAUUCCUGUCAAGUCAUCUUGUGAAAGGCUGCCUGCUUCCAGCUUGGCUGGAAAGCGGAACCUUAAUAAAACUCACUGAAGUCGGAGGGAAAAUAGCAGUUCGGCUGCAGAUAGGGUCGAGGCAAGGGGCUAGGAUGUGUACAUGCUGCUGACUACAACAGGCUGCGUGCUGAACUGUUACACAGAGAGGAAACAAUAAAUCUCCGCUACUAUGCAAUAAAUAUUUCAACUUUUAACGAAGGGAACUAUCAUUCCAGUGAAAUAAAUUUAAUUUUUUUUUUUUUUUUGGCUAAAGCUACAAAUGAAUCGUUUUCUAGGAUUCUCCUUUCAGGGCUGACUUUAAAAAUAAAACACCAAAAAGCAUUUUUUUUUUUGCAUACAAUUAAAACAACAACAACAAUACUGGUUAAAGAACGAAAGAAGAACUCACAGGGGGAGGUAAAAAAAAAAGUUAUACAGAGGCAGAAAAGGAAGGUGCUGAUACGAUGACAGUUUUCCUCUCCUUUGCUUUCCUGGCUGCUAUUCUAACUCACAUAGGCUGCAGUAAUCAACGGCGAAGCCCGGACAGCAGCGGGCGAAGAUACAAUCGGAUUCAGCAUGGGCAAUGCGCCUACACCUUCAUUCUGCCGGAACAGGACACAAACUGCCGGGAGAGCACCACGGACCAGUACAACACCAAUGCUCUACAGAGAGAUGCUCCUCUCAUGGAACCGGAUUUCUCUUCCCAGAAACUGCAACAUCUGGAACAUGUGAUGGAAAACUAUACUCAGUGGUUGCAAAAACUUGAGAAUUACAUUGUGGAAAAUAUGAAGUCAGAGAUGGCUCAGCUACAGCAGAACGCUGUUCAGAACCAUACGGCCACCAUGCUCGAGAUAGGAACCAGCCUCCUUAGUCAAACAGCAGAGCAGACAAGAAAACUUACAGAUGUGGAGACCCAGGUUCUAAAUCAAACAUCUCGACUUGAAAUUCAACUGUUGGAGAAUUCAUUAUCAACUUACAAGCUAGAGAAACAACUGCUUCAACAGACACAUGAAAUCCUAAAAAUUCACGAGAAAAACAGUCUAUUAGAACAUAAAAUCCUAGAAAUGGAAGAAAGACACAAGGAAGAAUUGGACACUUUAAAGGAAGAGAAGGAGAACCUGCAAAGCUUGGUAACUCGCCAGACAUACAUUAUCCAGGAAUUGGAGAAACAGUUAAACAGGGCAACCAGUAAUAACAGUGUCCUUCAGAAGCAACAGCUGGAGUUGAUGGACACAGUUCAUAACCUCGUCAAUCUUUGUACUAAAGAAGGUGUUUUACUUAAGAGUGCAAAAAGAGAGGAGGACAAACCAUUUAGAGACUGUGCAGAUGUGUAUCAAGCUGGUUUUAAUAAAAGUGGAAUCUACAGUAUUUAUAUUAAUAACGUGCCAGAGCCCAAAAAGGUAUUUUGCAAUAUGGAGCUUACAGGAGGAGGUUGGACAGUAAUACAACAUCGUGAAGAUGGGAGUCUGGAUUUUCAAAGAGGAUGGAAAGAAUAUAAAAUGGGUUUUGGUAAUCCAUCUGGUGAAUACUGGCUAGGAAAUGAGUUUAUCUUCGCAAUUACCAGUCAGAGGCAAUAUUCUUUAAGAAUUGAGUUAAUGGACUGGGAAGGAAACCGAGCAUAUUCCCUAUACGACAGAUUUCACAUAGGAAAUGAAAAGCAAAAUUAUAGGUUAUAUUUAAAGGGCCACAGUGGGACAGCAGGAAAACAGAGUAGCCUGAUCUUACAUGGUGCCGAUUUUAGCACAAAAGAUGCUGAUAACGACAACUGUAUGUGCAAAUGUGCUGUCAUGCUAACAGGAGGCUGGUGGUUUGAUGCCUGUGGCCCUUCAAAUCUCAAUGGGAUGUUCUAUACUGCUGGACAAAACCAUGGAAAGCUGAAUGGAAUCAAAUGGCAUUACUUCAAAGGUCCCAGCUAUUCCUUACGGUCCACAACAAUGAUGAUCCGACCCUCUGACUUCUGAAAGCACCCCAUAAGAAUAGAAGCCAACCAACAGACACGUUGAGCCGAACAGUUACCAGAUGACAGACUUCUUGUGCCAACAACCAGAAGCAAAGUCUGGACUUCCCUCCAGCCACACAGUAGUGACAUGGAAGCCUAAUUGUUUCUCUCCUCUGGUUUCAAGGCCUGAACAAACUCACCAAAGUCUCUCCCCUUGGGCUGCUAAGCCUGAAUUUUUGGGCUAAAUGGAAUGUGCUUCCAUUCCACUUGACAAAAGAAAGAAAAAAAGUUCACCUGCUGAGUUUCUUCUGCUACACUUGGAGCUCACCUUGGAAUAUAAGGACGAGAUAGCCAAUGCAUUUUAUUUCAUUGGGAAAAGGCCAAAUGAAAAAGAGAAUAUUGACUUUGAAAUGAAGGAUGAAAAUGAACUCACCAUUAUCCAUUAGGAAAAAAAAUAUUUUACUCAUGGAAUGGCAUUGCAUCUAUGCAAAGUAUGGCAAAGAAGGCUUUGAUUCUUGCACAGAUUAAAUGAAUGUCCAGGGGGAACAUUCUAAUCUUUGUUUCCUGAAUGGAUUCAAUGUAAAUGGAUGAGUUUCUGCAUUUGGAAUCACAUAUCAUACUUAAUAGUUAUUCUUAGUUAAAACAUCUUCAAAUGUCAAAUUUACUUCACCUGGGGAAACACAAUAAAUCGUAGUAAAUGAACAUGCUAACAGUAGUAGGUGGAAAAUCUUCAAUUGCUUUCUGCUUUUAGGGCAAAGCCCACAGAUCAUUGGCAUAAUACUCCAACUAGGAUUGAUGAUGUGAGAAGCGAGCUUGUUUUCCUGGUUUUUUUUUCCCUCUCUAGUGCUGAAGCUUUUGUCCAUAUUAAAAGCAGACUGACUGAAUGUUUUAUUGGAAAAGCCUGAGGAAAGUUUAAAGAAUAUGAACUCUUACUAUGGAGAACUCAUUUUGCAAAUCAAAUGAUAGCACGAACUCUUUUUCACUUGACAGUAUAUGAAGAAGCAGCAUUUGUGUGUGUAUUAAACAUAGUUUAACUGGAGCAGCUCAUUUUAUGGUAUUUUUUUUUGCAUGUGCACACUUAAAAGUGUUACUUCAUUAUGUUAAAACAUUUUUCUGAUCUCCAGUACUUCCCUCCAGAUGAAAAUUUUGCAUUAGUUGAAACAGGUUUACCAAGUCCACCUUUUCUCACCUUUCUAUAAAAAAGACCACUUUUUAGUCUAAGAAGAAUAAAAGAAUAAAUAUUGUUAUCAAUUGUA